GGUAGUAUUUUGAAUUCAGUAGAUAUUUCAAAAUUUGACCUGGCAUCUCUGCGAAAUUGUGUUUUCCUCAUUAAUAUUUUUAAAAACAACCAACUCUUGAAUAGAAAUAAACAUCAAAUUUUCUGAAAUUUAUUUGAUUAACUGUAUUAGGUACAGCUUAAAAGUAUUACAAAGUAAAUAGUGUUUCCUCAUACGGUGCAGUUUUAAAUAAAAUCAAUGCAGAACAAAAUAGCUGCAAUGAAAACUCAGAAACCCCUAUUCGGUCAGUUGAUAAUAGGCCCCCCAGGUUCCGGCAAAACGAGCUACUGUAACAAGAUGAAACAGUUUCUGCAAAAGCUCGACCGUAAAGUGACUGUUGUGAAUCUGGAUCCGGCAAACGAUAACAUGGAAUAUGAUAGCAGCAUUGACAUUAUGCAGCUGAUCACCGUCGAAGACGUGAUGGAACAGUUCAGCUUGGGACCAAAUGGAGCUCUUAUUUACUGCAUGGAAUUCCUCGAGUCUAAUUUUGGCUGGCUUUUGGAACAACUCAAAGCGUCUCCUGGCCAUUAUUUUAUUUUCGAUUGCCCUGGACAGGUAGAGCUUUACACACAUCACAACGCUGUGAGGAACAUUUUUGCUACAUUGGAACAGCUAGGCUACCACCUGUGCACAGUUCAUUUGGUGGAAUCUCAUCAUUGUUCAGAGCCGCACAAAUUUAUCUCCACAUUGUUAUUGUCACUGCACACGAUGCUCCAAAUGGGGCUUCCUCAUGUGAACGUUCUUAGUAAGGCGGAUUUGUUGAAAGAGUAUGAAUCUAAGCUUGCAUUUAGUCUAGAAUACUAUACCGAAGUUCUGGCUCUGCACUACUUGUUAGAAUGUUUGGAGCAGUCUAAGGUGGUUCCACGAAAUAAGUACAAAAAACUGAACGCCGCCAUCGUGUCGAUGGUCGAGGAUUACAGUUUAGUAUCCUUUCAUCUGCUCGACGCAAACAAAGAGGAAAGUUUGUUAAGACUGAAAAAUGCGAUUGAUAAGGCCAAUGGAUACGUGUACGGUGCUGGGGAGGAGAAGAAUGUCAACACACUUCUAGCGUGUGCAGUAGGUGCCGAGACCCAAAAUGAGCGAAUGGAAAAGGAUAUUGAUCCGUAUUUAAGCUAAAAUAUAAAUGUUUUCUCAUCUUU